AUGAGUGAUGAUAUUAAAGAGGCUUCACCUCCCGUGAAUAAUCCCACUUUGUCGGAAUCUGCAGUACUUGACAAAGUUCCCAAGACUUCUUCUUUGUUAGACGAGAUUAAGGAAAGACACGCACAAGAGGUUUGCAAGAUCAGUAUAAGAUUCAUACCUAUUGGAUCAGCCCCAGAAAUCACACCCAAAGUAUUCAAGAUUUCCUCUUCCAACAACUUUGGUGCUUUGCUCAGUUUCUUGGAUAAACGAUUGGGAAACAACCUUAUUUACAAAAAUCAGAUCAACCAUUUGACUGGAGGAAGAAUAUUCGGUUAUCUACACAAUUCGUUUGCACCAUCCCCCGACGAGAACUUGGACAAUCUAUACAAGAAUUUUGGCAUCAAUGGGGAACUAGUGGUGUCAUAUUCUGACAGAGUAGCUUUCAGCUAG